GGGCUAAGAAACAUUUGAAGGCACAAUUAAUGGCAUUUGAAUUGUAAAGAAACUAGUUAGAUUUUACACUGCUUCUAGUCCAAUUUAAGAUUUGUGGCUUGGAGCAUGUUAAUACUUUUGUAUAAAAGGUCAGAUUUCAUUGAGUUUCCAUUGAAGAGAGAGUGUGAGGACACCUGUAGACCUCCUGCAGAAACAUGCCACAGCCUCUGGAUUGCAUUUUUGUCUAUGUGCAUUCACAUGGUAGCUACAAAAUGAAGAAGAAAAAAUUUAAUGGUCAUUGCACACAAGUUACAACAAAAUUUAGUUUGGCAGCAAUCUGUAGUAGCAGGUUGAUAUCAGACAUUUAAAGGUAAUAAAUCUAUUAAAAAUAUAUUAAUAUAAAAUAGAUCAUAACAUCUCUGUCUGCAAGUAGGGAGUGCAUUAACAUUCCUUCAGCAGCCUUUUCACAGCCAUGAGGAAAAAGCUGUGCUUAAGUCUGUUGGUGCUGGCCCUCAUGACUCUGUGUCUACCAGACGGGUGGCUGCUGAUCAAAGAGUGUCCUGGGUGAGUGGGGUCUCUACACAUCUUUGUGGCUCGUUGGAGACCGCUCGAGUAGAUCUUGUCCAGAUGUGGACGUGGGGAGUCUACGACCCAGUCGGUCGUCUUGAUGACCUGUUGCAGCUGUCUUUUCUCUGCUGCGGUGCAGCUAGCAUACCACACCGUACAACCAUGGGUUAGCACACUCUCUAUGGUGCAACUGCAAAAGUUCUUCAGAAGAGGUGGAGGGAGUUUGUUCUUCCUCAGCAUCCUCAGAAAAAAGAGAUCAUUGUGUACCUUUUUAAUAAUGUUGAUAGUGUUCACUGUCCAGCCCGUGUCCUCUGAGAUGUGCAGACUGAGGAACUUGAAGUCUGUGACCUGCUCCACCACCUCUCUGUGACUUGUGUGCUACACUGUCCUCAACCUCCUAAAAUCAAUGAUGAUGUUGUUGGUCAAGCACAGAGGUGUCCACAGGGGAGGGGGUUUUGUGGUGCUCCUUGUAAUCUGUAAUAUUCUGGAUGCCUUGCCACGUUGAGCGGAGAUUGUUUCCUCUUUGUAUUUUAACUUUGCAGGCUUGAUGUCUCUGUUCAGGUCCACUCUAGCCUUCCUAUAGGCUUCCCUGUCUCCUUCCCUGGCCAGUAGCAGAUCUCUGACCAUGGAGUUGAACCAGAGCUUGUUGUUAGCAAAUGUUUUAACCUGUCUACUGGUGGUUACGUUGUCUAUGCAAAAGUUGACAUAUUCUGGCAUAGAGGACUUGUACGCAUCAACAUCUCCCACACAGUGUCUUCAGCAGUCAAAGACAAUGUUGCCUGCUCAGUCCAACGCUGCACUGUGUUAUAUAAAACACACAGCCUUGCAAAAACCUCUUGAAGACCAAAUAAGAUAAAGGAGUGCUGACUGUCUUGACUACAACCUCAUUUAACCUUUAUGGGACACUUUAAGACUGAUAAGGAGCACACCCAGCCAGUGCCAGUGUACCAUCCCAACCCAGGUGAGAGUCGUCUUGCCAGCCAGCUCACUGAAGAAGAGCAGAUCCGCAUCGCCCAGCGCAUUGGACUCAUCCAGCACCUUCCCAGAGGCAUCUUUGACCCGGGCUCUGACCCCUCUGACAAGAAAGUUAAAGAGUGUGUGAUCUGCAUGCUAGAUUUUGAGUAUGGUGAUCCCAUUCGGUUCUUGCCUUGCCUUCACAUCUACCACAUGGAUUGCAUUGACCCCUGGCUGAUGCGCUCCUUCACCUGUCCUUCCUGCAUGGAGCCAGUAGACGCAGCCCUGCUGUCUACAUACGAAACCAUCUGAGCAGCCUCUGGUGGCUUCUAGUGCCUAAACAUAACUGCACCUUUUUAGCCAAAACUGCUAGGUAACCAAUGUGAUGUUACAUUAUGCAGAUAUUUGCAGGGUGUUUGCAGACAGAGUUCAAAAACUGGGCCCUACAGUACAUUGUGUCCAUCGGUAAAAUAUUUGGGUUUGGAAAUUCUUUGCCUUUUGCAAAAGAACAGUGAAGAAGCUGUAUAAGUAGCAUAAUAUUACAGCAAAUUAAUGUCAAGUGAUUGUAUGACAGAUUUUUAUGGUAAUCUGUGUGGUUUACUUCCCUAAUGUGCAGUAUGUUACGUAAGUGGAGACAAUGUGGGGAAUUCAGUCUUUGUCAGAAUUUCUGCUGAAAAAAGGCAAUGAAGUUACUGUGUUGUUGAAAUGAAUCCAUGAACUGGAAUGUCACAGAAACACAGACCUUCCUCCUGAAAUGCAAUUAUUAAGACAGAAAAGAAUAACAUACAUUUGUAUGAACAAAGUUAUACUGUGACCAUUCACAAUCUGAAUCAGAUAAAAUGGCAACUGUUCAGUUUCUUACCCUAUUUUGAAGAUUAAUUUGUUUUUGUACCUAGUUUUACUUUGAAGCUGCUUUUAUAAAUGUGAAUCAGUUUUUGCCUUUCCACAAUAUGUACCCUCUUCUUUGCUGUGCCUUGGAUAUAUGCUCUGUUUUAUGUUUGAAAAUCAGUCCUUAGAGUGUCAUUGUCAUGGUAUACUGCCAGUAACAUUUACAAAGAUAAAGAAUGCCUGCAAUUUCCCUUAAAACACAUUUGGGGAUAACCUUCACACAAAACUUUGUAGCGUGUAGAUUUUGUGGGUGUUUUGAGGAUAUAGUGGGUACAGAUUUGCAUGUCAUGAUUACAUGUGAAUGAAUUCAAUUGUAGUUGCAUCUCUUUUCUAGUUUGAAGCUGUUGGAUUGUAUUUUGUGUCAAGGGUCUUCUUUGAGCAAGUAAUGCAUUUCCAAAGCUCAUGGGUCUGCUAAGACAAAAUGCUUUAGAUUUAUUUCUUAGUGUUGUACUCUCUGGUACUACUGUAUAGCACAAACAAGUCAAUGUCAAAAGAGAAGCUACAGCAGUAGAAAGGAAUGUAUCUUGAAUGUAAAGCCUAUUUUCAUCUCUUAAAGAUUUGGACUAUGUAAGUGACAAUAAGAGGAUAUCUCUGAUUUACUGUGCACUAACUGUGCCUUUUAAGGUCGAGGUAAGCCAACUCCUGUGAAGUACAAUCAUUUCUGACUUUACUUUUGUUCAUCUUUAGUUGUCCUCUAGGAGUAGACAGAUACCAGCAUGUGGUGAUUUAUGUCGACAUUAAACCAUCAAGGGUGAUGCCAGAAAUUUGCUCUGGUUGCUAUGAACAACAGUCAUGUUCCCUUUUAAUUUAUGUGUGAUGUUGGUGCACAGAUCUUCUUCUCAUUAACCAUAAUAAAAGUGGGUACCAAAUCUUA